AUGUCCGAAGGCAAAUCUAGGAUCUGUCUGAAAGGACAAUCAAACUCUCAAUCGACUUCCGAGUGCAGCAAGGCGACCUGUCUAGUCGUAGGAGCAUGAAGAGAGGAAGGCCAGCAAGCGUUUCCGAAAGUUCAUCGACGAGCCUUCUAACCACCGGAAAAGGUUUGUCAGCCGACCUCCAGCUAUUGCGGUCCUUUCUCAACAUUAUUGGCCCUUGAUACUUUUUGUUGCCCUCUUUUCGACAUGAUCAAUACCGUGAGUUUUUUUAUAUUCCUUGCAAGACUAUUGGUAGAACAAUUUUUAUAUUUUCAUUUCGGUUUUCGAAUCUUUUGACUAAGUAAAUUUGUUGGGCGGCUGACUAAAAACAUAAGAAAAAAUUCUUAGAACUAGAAGUUGAUGAGAAAAUUCUUUUUUUGUGAGUUGAACAUGUUCGAAAUUCAUUUUUUUUUAAUAUAUUUCUUACGUUAUUUAUUCAGACACAUUUUCUUGUUAAAAAGGAAGUUUUUUGAAAAACUGUAUUUCAUUUUUUCCGAGGCCUUCCUCGAGAUGAUUAGUUCAGACUAACUUCCUUGCAUGUUGAUUCAAAACUUUUUCAGCCUGAUAAUUCUACCGACAAUCUAUCAGAAUGUAUGAUCGAGCUGACCAAAAAGGAAGCUUGUUACUCCUGGGGAGAAAAGAUACUCGGAAAGCUUCAUUUAAGAAUCUCCGAGGGCUCAAUAGAAAUAACCUCAUUACGCGUUAUGAUCCAUGGUUAUGCAAAGGUGAACUGCAAAGGGAAGGUAUACAUUGUUUCUCACUUUUUUGUAUGAAUUUCCGAUUAAGGGCAACGACAUGAUUCAAGAGAACUUGACUUACAUCAAGAAAUAUUCGGAAAUCGUUCAUCAACCUGUUACAAUAUCUGCUCCUGAAUACUCCUUCGCCAUCGAAGUAGGUUGUGGGAAUCACUUAGACUUGUUUUGAUACAUGUGGUCGCAUGAAGAAUGGAUCAACCCGUUUUUGUUGCGGAGUGAUAGAUUGAAAACGCAAACUGACUAUAGUCUCAACUUUAUCGCAACUGAAAAACUUUGAGCUAUUCUACAUGCAAUUAGAGUGUUUCUUGGAGUGCAGAAAUCGAAAAAGUAUUCAGUAUUCAGGAAAAACUGCCUGAUCAGAUACCUACCUCUAUAUACUGCUCAAAAGGGUACAUUCAAUAUCUAUUAAUGGCUACAAUGGAAUACAAAACUAACUGUUAGUUAGAAUAUAUUCACAUUUGCCAUUUUGGGAUGCGACCUGAAAAUUAAAUUAAGAUGGGAACUCGAGCGUUGUCAAAGCUGUCAGAGGGCUUACAGUUCUCGAAUCGAUGGAUCUUAAUAAAAUUCCAAAGUUUUACUUCGAAAGAAGAACUGAAUUCGAACAACGCAAAUUUGGGUGGUUUGCAUGCACCGGAGGCCAAAUUCGAUUGAGUUUAACCAUAGAAAGAACAGCUUUUGUCUGUGGCGAAGCAGUCAGCGUAAUAGGUUUUUCCUCAUCUACAUAAACCUUCAAGGUUUUUUAAAGGGAAAAUUGAAAACAAGAGCGUGAAUCGGAUUGAAAAAGUGUCGGCGGUCCUUCAACAAAAAAUCAAGAUCGGCUUAGAUGUCGAAAACGACUUUGGAAUGGUUUGCCUCCAAAAAUAGCAAAAAUGAAAAGUUUUUCAGGAUUCCGUGUACGACGUUUACGACGUGCAAGAAGACCUGCUUGCCAUGUACAUAGAAGAAAGUUGUGUGAACAAAAUCGACAAAAUGAUUCAUAUCCCUCCCGUGGCACCCAGGUGGGUCUUUUUCAUGAAGUGGUUGAUAGUCAAGACUGUACUUCCUUAUAUGUUUGCUCAAAAAUUUUUCAGCUUUCUGUUUUUAGUUUUAUUCAAGCAAGUGCAUUACGUAGAAUAAGGUAGUUUGUUGAAAAUCAACAGAAACUAUAUUAAAAAAAAUUUUUUAUUUUUUUGGCUUUGAGAACUUUUUAAGCUGCUCGUUUAUUGUUCCAGUUGUGACGCCUCAAAACAGAAAGCAUAAAGUAUCUGUCUGCUGAAUUCAAUUUCAAGUCUCAUUCUAACUAUCGACUUUAUCUGCAAAUUUGAAAGUAAAGUGUCUUUUUAGCACGCCCACUACCAGGGUAAUGAAUGGUCACCCAAAUGGAAACGCCAGAGCGACUCUGAGAAGAAAGUCUCAACUUGGACGACUAUCAUUGAGUAGUCAAAAGUCUUGCCUCUCAAUAUCUUCUGGAUCAACAUUGCAACGAUUGAUGAUCGUUUCCUACAGUUUCAAUUUCCGCGUCAGGACAGGAGGUAAAUAUUUUAUUAACUCACAAGAACACCUGCCUACCGUAACUUGGCUACGUUAAAAAAAGGUUCGAAUUUGCCAUAUGAUCAAAUUAGAUAGAAUCUGAUCAAAAAAGAUUUUUUUCGUGUUUUUGAUCAUAUAGUCGGUUUUUCGCGACUUGAAAGGGCGAGACUUUUCUGCGCUCUCCUUAACUCUCGACAACCCUCUCAUUUUUACGUACUGUUUUCAUAUUUCUCUGACCUGCCGGUGAGAAAACAGAGAGAAUCAGACACGGGAAAACUGUCAAGUCACGGCGGACGGACUAUAGCAGAAAAGAAUGUUCAACCGACUAUCAUAUGCCAUGUUCUUAUAUCUCAGAGAGCAGUUUCGAAAUGUUGAAUUGAAUUUGAAACCAAAUAUUCUCAGAUAAAUUUCAAAAAAACUAAGGUGUUGAUGUAAUCGAUAUUACCGUUCCGGUGGUUAUUGGAACUGUGCCCUAUGUCGAUUUUUUGAACUCCGAUGUCAGGUUAUGGAAAAAAACAUUACUAUUUCAUAUAUCUUCUGUUUGCAGCGACGACCCUCGGGAUAACCCUAUUUUCAAGUUCAGUAGGCAUGAUAAAGCGAUUUCUUUGCUGGACCAAAAAGAGAGAAGUCUCUCUAACAAAGCUCAAGUAACUUCAUUCAAGUAGGUUUUUGUUAAUUUCUUUUUUCAGCUGCAACAUCUCAACAAGUAUCCGUUUUAUGCAGAGCUUCCAACGUCAUCAAAGCAAAGCAAAAAACUAACCGUCGUGGCGAAUAAAAUUCGCACCGAAGCAAAAGUCAUGCACACGAUGCAAGAAAUUGUUAAUGAGGAUUUGUGAGUUUUCAAGAAUUCUAUUUUACAAACUCAAGAAAUAAAAAAAUUUUUCAGAGACUCUCAACCAACGAUUUCUUCUACUGACACAAUUUUUCAUAUCUUAAUUCAUCAGGAAACUUUGUAUUGUAAAUUUAUUUUUUUGAAUAAAACUUUGAUUCUAGAACAAAGUUUUUGAGCUACUUUUAUCGGCCACGCUUGGCCCAAUAUUGCAAACUCCUUGCUUCUCCAGAUAACCGUAAAAUUGAAAGAAAGACUACCAAUUAUUAAGUUGAUACGUAGCGUUUGGUUAAUUGUGUUGAGCAUCCCAAUUCGAAUUUUUUGAAAGUUAAAAUCGGCGUUCAUAGGAAUUCAUGUAAAGUAGCAAUAAAAAAGCAAAAAGUGUAAAAAAAAAUCGAUUACUACCUGAGUCAACGCGACCUGUAGAGUUUGAGACUUUAGACUUUUUUUUAGCCAAAAAAACCAUUUUCCAGAAUUUCGUCUUUUUACUGUAGAUAACUGUUAUGAAAAUUGAAAAAAGUUGUUGACAGGAAUGUAUAAAAUUCUGUGUCUUGGAAUUCACUGCAUGCAAUAAACUCGUCGCAGUGUUUUUCACCUCUUACCUUAUUUGAAAACUUUUUGCGGAUCUUAUUUCAAUUGCGAAAAGUUUGGCGAAAACAAGAAAUUUUCGAGUCAAAGUCGAGGAUACGGUAAUCAAAAGUACGCAAUGCGGAAGAGCGGCAAACGAACGCAGCACUGUGUUUGUCUUGUUAUUCUCAUUCGAGGGCUCAUCAUUGUUUUCUUUUCCAGCGCAAACUGUUUUUUUUUUUCAAAGCUUGUAUUUUGUGAAUCUUUAUGUUUUUUGCUUUCAGAAUAUAGAUCCUAUUUUUUCUUUAUUUCUGCACGCGUUUGCCUGAUAUUUUCUAGAAAUUUUUUUUAUUUGUCUUUUUUGCAGCUGUCAAAUGUUCAACGUAUUGAAGUUGCUUCUCUCGGUUUCUGUGGUUCAAAGCGUCAUUCCGCCGGAAUACGAAGAAAUUAGUGAGGAUUUUGUUUAGAAGCUAGUGAAAAAAUGGACGAGUCUGAAUUUUUUUUUUUUGCAGUAAAAGAGACUUUGCAGGUACCGAUCUAUUAAUUUUUACGGUUAAAUGGCCUCUGAGAAUCGCGUACUCCUUCCAAAUGCAGCCGGCUUAUCUGAUUGGAGCCAAAUUUGGACGACUGCACAAUCAUUCUCAUUAUGUUAGCUGAUCAUUAAUUGAUUCAAACCAAAAGUUUAUAGGACAUUCCGCUUCAAUAUGCGAAUCCGGGAGAUGCGUGUAGUCCCUUGAUCAAUGAUGUGUCGACCAAAACGAUCAUGCUCAUGGACCGGGGGUUUUGAACUUGCUAAAUCUGAGUUUGGAAUGAGAAGUUUCAGUAAUUGUCCUUUCAUCGACAAAGUCAUGAACGCUCAGAACGCUGGAGCUGUCGUUGCUCUCGUCACGGAUACAGAAGGAGGUCAGCCAAAAAAAUCGAAUUUCUAUGAAACAUGAUCUAGAAAAAAACAUUGCCUAAUGUUCUUAAUGAUUAUCAAUUUCGCGCUCCUUUGGCUGGGAAAUGAUUUCUUUUUCGGAAAGUGCAGCAACUUAAGGAUUUUUUUUCAAAUUUGAAAAUUUGAUACAAACUUUCAGGUGGUAACGACUACGUUUUCAUGCUGACCGAUACAACCCUCCGUCAGGCCGACAUUCCUGCUGCUUUUGUGAGCGGAUCCACGGGGUUUCCCAACUUGGGUGAACUGUUGCAAUAUUCUUUUGUAGACGAAUUCUGCGUCAAACCCUGAGAUCGGAAGACGUUCUGAUUGGCUCGAUUCCAACAACGAACGUGCACCCAAUUUUCGACCAUGUUCGGAAAGCGCCUUGGGAGGAUUGGUAG